GGAGGAAACACUGCUAACUCCGGUGAGGGCUUGGGAGAGAACGCAGUGCGCCCGCUUCUACCCGGGCCAACCCCUGCUCCGUGCCCAGCCAUGGCCCGGGGGCGGGGCUCGGCCCUCGGUGGUGCUCAGAGGCAGCGCUCAGCGCUCGGGAGCUGUCAGCUCUGAGUAAAGCUCCCAGGGACGCUACCUGCAGCUUCAUCUCUCUCCUUGUCCGACUUGGAAUCCGCCACAGGUGUCUGAAAGGCUGCUGGAGCCCUUUCUGCUCCGGGGUGACUGGGGCCAGCAGCUGGCACAGUAGGAUGCGCCCGUGCUCCCCUCAGCAGAACAGGAACAGGUUGUCACAGCUGGGAGACAUGGAACUGACUUGGCAAGAGAUCAUGUCCAUUACUGAGCUUCAGGGUCUGAACGUUCCAAGUGAGCCAUCCUUUGAGGCCCAAGCACCCACCGCCUACGCCGGGCCACUGCCACCUCCAACAUACUGCCCCUGCUCCGUUCAUCCAGACGCAGGCUUCUCCCUCCCACCGCCGCCGUAUGAGCUCCCAGCACCCGCCGCCCACGUCCCAGACCUCCCGUACUCCUAUGGCAACAUGGGCAUACCGGUGUCGAAGCCACUCACCCUUUCAGGCCUGCUCAACGAGCCCCUCCCAGAGCCCUUAGCUCUCUUGGACAUUGGGCUGCCGGUGGGACAACAGAAGCCCCAAGAAGACCCGGAAUCUGACUCAGGAUUAUCCCUCAACUACAGUGACGCGGAAUCUCUUGAGCUAGAAGGCGCAGAGGCUGGCAGACGGCGGAGCGAGUAUGUGGACCUGUACCCGGGGGAGUACCCUUACUCACUGAUGCCUAACUCGUUGGCCCACCCCAACUAUUCUUUGCCGCCCACUGAGACGCCCCUGGCCAUAGAGUCCGCCGGCCCUGUGCGAGCUAAGUCGGCUGUCCGUGGGGAGGCGGGGAGUCGGGACGAGCGGCGGGCCCUGGCCAUGAAGAUUCCCUUCCCUACGGACAAGAUCGUCAACUUGCCGGUAGACGACUUUAAUGAGCUGUUGGCACAGUACCCGCUAACAGAGAGCCAACUGGCUCUAGUCCGGGACAUCCGCCGGCGGGGCAAGAACAAGGUGGCGGCCCAGAACUGCCGCAAGAGGAAGCUGGAAACCAUUGUGCAGCUGGAGCGGGAGCUGGAGCGGCUGGGCAGUGAGAGGGAGCAGCUCCUCAGAGCCCGUGGCGAGGCCGACCGCACUCUGGAGGCCAUGCGCCAACAGCUGGCAGAGCUGUACCAUGACAUUUUCCAGCAUCUUCGAGAUGAAUCUGGCAACAGUUACUCACCAGAGGAGUAUGUACUGCAACAGGCUGCUGAUGGAGCCAUCUUUCUGGUACCCCGUGGAACGAAGAUGGAGGCCACAGAUUGAGCUGGCCUAGAGGCAGACACUGGUGCUAGGGACUCCCCUCAUUCCCUUCUGAUAAAGGUACCCCCACCCCCAGAACAAGAGGGCAGAUACAACCUUGGCAUUUGGAAUUUCCAAGGUGUGCUUGUUAAGGCUUGCCUGGAGGCCAGGUGAGUGCUAACUUCCCAUAAAGAGCUGUGCAGAAAUAGCUCUCCAUGUGUCGUCUUUGAGGGUGAGAGUUAAACUCUCAGGAACCAGUUUGUUGGGGGAAGGGAAAUCUUAAGCUCAUAUGAAAUUUGGGCACGAGCAACAUAACAACCUACCCACCUACAACCCUCUUUCCAGUUAGGCGCUAUGGAUGCUUUGAGGAACCCCAGUCCUUGGUGGCCCCCAAUUCAUAAAUGCUAAGAGCUGCCAAAGCUGGCUGCAUACUCUGUGGAAGGUUUCCGGAGACAGAACGCUCUCACAAAUGCUUUUUGUCCUGCUGACCUUAGGUCUGAUAGGCCAGAGAUCUUUUGAAGGCCAAAGGACUGUUCCUAACUGGAAUGAGUUUGCUCCACAUUCAGGUAUGCAAUGAGGGGUGGGCCAGCAUUUCUACCUUGCGAGACAGGGUCUCACUAUGUGGAACAGGCCUCCAACUCCACACAUAAAUUUGCCUGUCUCCAGCCUUUUUGAUGUUCAGUUUAUACGUGACUAAAUGCACAUACCAUUUUCAUGCAGGAGCCUAACCGUGUCCCUUUGAUGUGUGAUGGGUGGUGGGAACUGCAACCCUGUGCCACACAUCCAGCUCAAAAUGCCUUAACUUUGAAUACAAAGUUAUCAGUACAAUGAAAGGCUUUAAUCCCAAAGCAUAGGCAGGGUAACCUCGGCUAUAUAGUGAAACUUUGUUUCAAAACAAAAACUGGGUGCAGAGGUUGUGGUGGUGCAGGCCUUCAAUCUCAGCAGUUGGAUCUUUGACCUACAAAUUCAGAGUCCAGGGCUAUCUAAACCUAAAUUGUGAGGCACACACCUUCAAUAUCAGCACAGCCUUCAAAAACAAUGAAGAUGUUUUUCUUGUGUCUAACAUUUAUGCUGUUUUUAGUUUUCCCUUUUAAGAUGGAGGCAGAGGCAGGCAGACCAGUGAGUUUGAGGCCAGCCUGGUCUACAGAGUUCUAGGACAGGCAAGGUUACAGAGAAAAAAACGAAAAGCUGGAGGCAGUAAAAGAAUAGGUUGGAGGUAAAGUUCUCCAGGAAUAAACCCUGUGAUUAAUCUUUGAAAGGUUCGCGGGGAACUUAAUAGUUCAUAUCCCAAUACAUUAACAGAUGCAUCUGAAAUCUAAUAUAAGGGACUCCAGUUCAGAUUAUUAACUCAAGAAUCUCUAGUUCAUAAACGGCCAUUUCCCAACCUCAGAUUUGGAAGUGGGAUAGAACCCAGAAUCAAGCUCCAUGCGACAAACGCCACAAAGUCAGACAAGAAACAGAAGUUUAUCAAAGUUUAUUAAAAAAACAAAAACAAAAAAUUUAGCCAUCCACAAAAUUGAAUGAUGUUUAGCAAUGUAGCUAAAACCUAACUGCAUGGCAGUGAGAAUGAGGUAGUGGCCCAGAAUAAAGGUUGCUCUCUUAAGGAUGUUCCUGUAAAGGAGGAAAAAAAAAGUUAUGCAGCUCUACCCAGUAAAUUCCACAAUUGUAUAUACUCCUGGUAAUAACAUCUCUUGGUCUUAAAGUGCAGCUUAAAAAAAAAAAAAAUCACAGAUCAUACAAACUUACCUUUUAGCCAACAACUUCUGUCUUUUAAAAAAUUUUUUACAACAGCGGUUAAGCCUUGUAGCAGAUUCCUCCCUAGAAAAGCAAACAACCUUUAGAACUAGCCUUUUGAGGCCAAUUCCCAUCCUUAAGCUACCCCCACCCCCUCCCAUUAAGUCCACCCACCCUCCCACCAUCUUGGGGUAAUGUGUCUAAUAUUUGAGCCAUUGCUUUAAGAAAAUGGGUCAAAGGACAGUUAAAUAAAAUUAAAGGGCCAAAUGCAUCUUCACAAUAGAAAUGUGUUUACUUCCUUCAAGUAGGAUUAAUAGGGCAUUAAUUAAAAUAAUUCAUCUCCAGAAAAACCAAGUGUAGCUUAAUUGGACUAGUUUUGGCUCAAUAUAUUACAAGAAAUCCAACAGAAAAUUGGACUUUACAACUAUAUGGAUGUAAGUAAAAUCUGUUCUUACCUAGCAGCAUAGCAAUAAACCUUUCCUUCUGGCUCUGCCUGCUAGUCCUAAGAGUCAGGUGUGCCUUACUCUCGUCUGCCUCCUUCCUUGCGAUGGUCACUCAAACUUCACUCCCUCCUAGCUUUCAUGGAGGUGUCGUGGCCUGCCCCUGGCUUAUCUGUACUCCACAUACCACAAAGUGUCUACUCUCAGCUGCAGAGAUUCUGAGCUCGAAGCCAUUCGCGCUAUACUUGCUAGCAGUUCCUAGUAGCUGAACAUCUCCUGGAUCUUUAAAGGCAUUCUCCCGAUUCCUGAGGUAUCUGCAAACUCCCUCAAUAGUUAAGGUUCCGCCUGAUAUUGCAAACUCAGCCAGUAUCAUGGAGCUACCAUCCAUGCUCCCCCACCCCCACUUCCCACCUCCCCACUCCCUCCCCCACCAAAACUUCCAAGCAAUAUACCCAUGAUUUGGAGUACACAGUCCUAUGGCAAACAAUCAUCUAUGCUACCCAGUACAAUGGCACUUAAAAGGGCACCAAAUGGGAAGCUCAAAAGGAUCUAUGCACAAAUAACAAUUAUUAAAUAGUAACUGUUUUGAACUCAUUUCUAUACAAUUAACACUUAAGGACAGUAGUGUGAAGGAAAACUGCCGUUAUAAUACAAAAAGCACAGAUAAAUUGUCGAUUACAUUACUAAUUUAAACUUUAAAUAGAUGAACUAAAAAAACCUUGAGGCAUACCCACCCACAACCCAGUUAAACUGCAGUUUUCCUUCACUGUAGCCUGCACUUAUGGCAAUUAGAGUUCUUACUAAUAAUUGUCAGUUUUAUAAGAUGCCCCAACACUUCUAAUCUCUGGACUCAAGGGUGGCAUUGACCAGCAGUUGGUUUCUAUGCUGGCAGAGCUUUGAACUUAGACUGUGGUAACAAACAACAUUUAUCAGGGGUAUUGGGUAGGGAAGUCCAAAUCUCUGCCAGUCCCAAAUCCAUACAGUUGUCAUUCCAUUCAAGAGAAUUAAAUCGUUUAUUGAUUACACAUGAUAAUGGAUGAUACACAAGCUUCAUUCCCAUCUGUUAUUUUAUCUGAUACCAUUAUUCAAUGUUGAUAUUUCAUAGAGUGUGCCAACAACCAUUUUAUAACCAAAUUGUGACCUUGCUUGGGAUGACCCUUUCAAUGGUGAAAUUCAUUAAAGUUACAACAGUAACUGGCAGUUUAACUACACCAAGUUUUUUUUUUCCUUUCUUUUGAAGACAAUGGCUUCUCCACCCAAGCAACCAUAAAUAAAUUCCAAAUGGAACUUGGCACCACCCUGAAAGAAUUCUAACUUCACACUUUUGGAGAAGUUUACCAAGAUGGCUUCAAAGUAGACUAACUUUACACAGCACAUUAAAAAAAAAAAAAAAAAAAAAAA